ACAAACAGUUUUACAGGUUGAACAGGAAUUACCAAAAUGAACUCGUACAGGAGAGGAAAGUCUAUAGCCCCACUUCUUCCCUUCAUCAGCGGCAGACUGAACUGCAGAUGUGCUGCUACCUCCAGCACCAGGUUCUCAAAUGGCAUCUUUUCAGCCAGGUGCAGACCACCUCAAUGAAGAGGUUGAUGUUUAUAACAGGGCUCCUGACCAUGGCUAUGAAGACUUUUCCACUGAAGAAGGGCCCUGUGCUGAGCAGCCGACCCCUGAUCCAAUGAGAAGCACUCAUGCACAAGCUUCCUGGCUGGCCGGUGACCUCCCACAAGGUUUACAAUCAGAGGGGGAUUUUGCAUCUUCUGAAAGUAGCCAACUCAGACAGGGGGCACAGAUUAGUGGAAACACAAAUACAGGUAGUGGGCUUGCCCACAGAGGGACUGCAUGGUUCACUAAUGCAGAUAAUGCUCAGGAUGCUGGUGAGAAGGCUUCCUCAGCAGUAAAGGCUGAUGAGAACGCACACUUGACUGCCCCUCACGUUUACCCGAAUCGAAAAUUCUCUUAUGACCCUUCCAAACCAAGCAAAUCCACAAGAUCAAUGACAGUAGUUCAAGACCCGUGGCAUAUCACACUAGUGCAGACCCCGCAAGGAAGCAACGAGAGAGUUGCUGCAUUCUGCACGUCACUUACUAAAAUCAAGUCCAAGUACCCUCAUUCCGAGCAGGAAUCCAAUCCUGGGAUGAUCUGGAGUCGCAUCACUCAAGUGCACAAGAAGCUGCUUAAUAAAGCGCUGCUGAGCGUGUGGGUGCUCACAGACUGGCUACCCUACCAACUGAUGUACACUACAAGACCUGAUAGGACAGUCCAGAACUUCAUAGAGCAAAUCAUUGAUGACAUGCCGGUAAUUCAGUCUGCCAGGAGGGAGCAGUACGUUCUCAAGCUGUGUCAUUCAGAUGAGUUUCUACAGAAUGCUCAGACUUUGGAAAGCCAUGAAAUGAUUCAGAUGUAUCAGAAGUUAAACACUGAGAUCCAGUUAAUGUUAAUGACACGUGGUUCUUAUAAAAGGCAUUUGGCUCGCACUCAGGAAGAUGACAGGUGCCCGUUUCAUUUAAACCAGCUGUUGGGGCGAGCGUAUGUAUUGAAUACGUCAAGACAAAGCCUUGAAGCAAGUUUAAAAAAAUACAGAGAUGAAGUGGACCAGUUGAUGAAAAGCAAGUUUGGCUGCAAUGUGAAGAGUAUAAUUAAAGAGGCUCAGACCAUUUGCACAUUGCUCUCGCUUGUGGAGACAAACGAAAUAACAAACGCCGUUGAAGAGCUCCAAAGAAUUCAACCAAGACAACUGAGUCCCAAGAAGAUUUCCGACUGCCAAGCGGCGGUGGUAGCGCUCUCCCAGGCUCUCUGCAGACUCAUCCAAAUCUACUUCAGAAGCUUUAAUUCAGACUUCCAGGUAGGGGAGGCCCUGUCGAGUCCUCCACAAGCGGAAGCAAAACACAAUCCAGACCCGCUCAGAUUCACUGUCCACGCAGCCUACCGGCUUCCAUUGCAGUGGACUGACAGCUUUCAGUAUUUUUCUGUGUCCUGUUCCUUGACGUAUGCUGGAAAGGAAUUAUGUAAAACAAAAAAGACUGAGAAAUUUUCUGUUGCAACGUCAUUUUUCUACAGCGUAAAAUGGAACAAGAAGAUCCGAUUCCCUGUGGAGAUCCGCAGCCUGCCCUUUGAAGCCAUGUUGAUGCUGAGGCUGUUCGGCUCCAAGCAGGGCAAAACGUCAGAGCCCCUAGCAUGGGCAGCCCUGCCUUUGUACACCAAGCAGAUGCUGGUGCAUGACACCAUGCUGAUCAGUAUGGUUCAGUCUAGUGAUUUGCCACAACUUGUGUUUCCUGGAGCAGCUGAUAGCCAGACCCAACCAGCGGAGGUUAUCCUUCAGCUUGACUUCCCGGGGGCCUCGAAGCAGGUUUUUGAGAGACCCGCUCCUGCUCCAAUAGAUCCCUACAUGAUUGUUCCCGGAGAGGAGCUUGUUAAAAAGAUUUGUCAGGUGUCUGAGAAACAGUGCGUCACCCUCCUCUCGGAAAAUGAGAAACACUUUCUGUGGAGCAGCAGAUUUCUUUGUCACAGCGGCAUUACGUACCUGCCCCUGGUGCUGGGCAGCGCACCGGACUGGAGUCGCGACACCUUGCCGGACAUAUACAGGGUUCUGGAGAGCUGGACCUUCAAGAGCCCGCUGGAGGCACUGGCCCUUCUUACACCAAGUUUUCCAGAUCAGAAGGUUCGUGAAGCUGCUGUGGGGCAGAUUGAGACAUUCUGUGAUGAGGAAAUAGAAGAGUGUCUCCCGCAGCUGGUCCAGGCUUUAAAGUUUGAGUGGGAUCUGGAAAGCCCCCUGGUGAAGUUCCUUCUUGAGAGGCUGUUGAAAGAUGUCCGGGUUGCUCACCAGCUAUACUGGCUGCUGGAGGAUGCACUGGAUGACCUGCAUUACAGGAGCUGGUAUCAGAAAAUCCUCGCCGGCCUCCGCUUCUGUACUGGGAGUGCACUCAGACUGGAGCUCCAAAGCCAGAGGAAGCUGGUCAACGUCUUGGCAGAGGUGGCAGAGAAAGUCAGAACAGGGGAUAAGCAAAAGAGAACGGAUAUCCUGAACAAGGAAAAGGUCCUAAUUGCCCAGUACUUUCAGGGAGGGAAACUGUGUUCCCUUCCACUGAACCCUGCUGUCGUGGUCCAGGGAGUGGACUCUGGUGAAUGUUCAUAUUUCAUUUCUAAUGCUGCCCCUCUUAAGGUCUCUUUUAUCAAUGCUAAUCCUCUGGGCAAAAAUGUCGAUGUGAUUUGCAAGACGGGAGAUGACCUGAGAAGGGACAUGCUGGUGUUGCAGUUUGUCAGAGUGAUGAACAGAGUCUGGCUCCAGGAGGGACUGGACAUGUGCAUGGUUAUGUACAGGUGUAUGUCAACGGGAAAAAGGACAGGCUUAGUUGAAGUGGUUCCAGAUUCCAUAACACUAGCCACAAUCCAACAAGAACGUGGAAUUAGAGGACCAUUGAAGGAUGGUACACUGAAGAAGUGGUUUCACUUGUGCAACAAAACAGCAGAGGACUACGAAAAGGCCCUGGAGAACUUCCUGCACUCGUGCGCUGGGUGGUGUGUUGUCACCUUUGUCUUGGGUAUCUGUGAUCGGCACAACGACAACAUCAUGCUGAAACCUACCGGCCACCUUUUUCACAUCGACUUCGCCAAAUUCCUGGGGCAUGCUCAGAGGUUUGCAAAUAUAAAAAGGGACCGUGCUCCUUUCAUCUUCACCUCGGAGAUGCACUACUUUCUCACGGAAGGAGGCCGGAAUCCUCAGCGUUUCCAGCGCUUCGUUGAUCUCUGCUGCCAGGCCUACAACAUCAUCAGGAAACACACCCAGCUCUUCAUGAGCCUGCUGGAGCUGAUGCUGACGGCUGGCAUGCCAGAGCUGAAAGAUAGUCAAGAUCUCCAGUAUGUGUGCAAUAACCUCAGACCCCACGAGUCUGACCUGGAAGCAACAAGCUACUUUACAAGUAAAAUAAAAGAGAGUUUGGAGAGUGUUCCUGUGAAACUGAACUUCUUCAUUCACAGUAUUGCACAAGGAGCUUCCAUAGGGAGGGAAUCCAAAGUUGUUCAGGCAGCUCUGAAUCAAACUAACAGAGCAAUUCGAGAAGCCUCCAUUCUGGGCUAUUGUGUAAAGGGCACAGACAUUCUUUAUUCAAUGCAAGUAAAAAUAGAGAAUGGAGUUCUCAUGGCCGAGAAGACGUUCAGUCAGUUUGAUCAGUUCCAUAACAACCUACAGAAGCACUUUGUGGAAUCUGCUCUUCCACAAUUUCCCUCCUGGUAUCGGUUAUCAUUCACGCCCAAGAGACGAAUGAAAUUGCUGAAUGAUUAUCUGAAGGAGCUGUUCACUGGGCCGUGCAGAGGUAGUGAACUCGUCUGCAGGCUUUUCCUGGAUGGUCCUGAGCAAGCCAGCUUACUGAAACCCACCCCUCCAGGCCGUGGGAAGUUCACAUCACACAUACAGCUGUGUAUAUCACAUGAAGAUAACAAGCUUGCUAUACUAGUGAAGCACAUUGAAAAUAUUGUAUGUCUAUGGCUAAAUGCCCAGACGGUUCUGCUCCGGAUGCCUGUGUUAAAACCUGCCUCUUACCAGACCCUGGCUAUGACACCAAGAAGACGACAGGAGUGGUUAAACACAACUUCAACCCAACGUUCAACAUGCUUAUUGAAUACAGGGGCAUUUCUUAUCUGCAGGGCCGUGUUUUGAAAGUCACAGUGAAAAGCACUCAGACAUCAAUCGCAGCCACAAACAUACCUUUGGGUAAAGUGAAUCUCAAUCAAGACAUGUGGUAUCCACUGGGGGACUGUUCAGUAUGACCAGCACUCCACAAGUAGUAGUUGUAGUAGUCACAGUAAUAGCAGUUGUAGUAUUACCUGAUCUAGGUAGAUAGAAUGGGUAAUAGCUUGUCCAGGAUCCUAGGACUGCAAACCCUAGCCCCACUGACAUGUUGUAACAAUGGAUUAUAUAAUACUAAAUCAUUUAGAACUGAAUAAAACAAAGCAUAGCUCAUAAAAUCACACUUCAUUUCUAGAUAAGUUAUACACUUUGUCAAAGUAGCAGUUGUCGAGAACUGUUAUAAUAUCUAUCUAUCUAUCUAUCUAUCUAUCUAUCUAUCUAUCUAUCUAUCUAUCUAUCUAUCUAUUAACAUAAAAAAAAAAAUGUCUUGAAAUGAGUUGCUGUUACUUCCAGGUACCUUCCAGGUACUGAGAUGUAGGUUGGGACUAACUGUAAUCAGACCAUGGAUUUAAGACUUUAAAUGUAAGAUUGUUUUUAUUUUUACAAACUUUAUUUGGCUACAUGGUGUUAAAAAUAAGUCCAACUAUGCACUGGUCUAUGAAAUGUGUUUUAUUUGGUAUAGCGAGUGAAGAGCCGUUUUUAAACCGCCCUGCAUUCGUACUGCAUUGACACGAGUAAGAUCAGCAGCUCAGGAGAGGCAGUGCAGGUCUGCUCAGUUGAUGGACUGCGGAUUUGCCAUGUUGAGAUCUUCUAGCUGAACCACACGUAAAUGAACAAUGAUGCGGGGUCAAGACUGAUGCCUUCCUUAGAAAGCAAAGGGACCCAGCGGUAUCCUGAAAAACAAAACAGAUGCAAAGUGACCAGAAGGAAGUCUUAACUCUGGAACCGUAAGCUUAAAGCUUAAGAUAUUACAGAGUGAUUUUCUUGAACUUCAAAAUGGUUUGAUGAAUAUGGUCUUAAAUAUCAUGCUAUUUGGUUCGGAGAACAUGAUACAAAAUACUAGUUCAAAUUUUUCUAUUGUUACUUGUAAUACUACACCAUUGGAGAGAGUUGACACUUUUAAAUAUCUAGGGGUUUAUAGUGACACAACUUAGAUCUGACACCUCUUGUUGUUGUUUAAAAGAACUUCCAGUUCCAGUACUUAAAAAGGCCAUGUAUAUGUACUGUGUAAAUUGAAUGUGUACUUUGUGUAUUGUCUUGUCAUUAUGUGUUUUUAUUAUUUUUAUUUUUGAAACAUGUAACCUGCUGCUGUACUAGUAUGCCUUUGAAAACGAGCUACCUGAAGCUCAUAUGGCCUUCCAAAAUAAAAAAAUCCAUCAAAUUAUUAUAGAAAAUAGAAACAGCUGCUGUAACACUGCCAGUAUGGGCUAGGAACACCAAGGUGCAGGGAAUGCAGUUUAAACUUAGGACUUAGACACCAAUACAUUUAAAUGUUCAACCCAAUCGAAAAGAUGAAACUGCAGCUUCCUAAGGUAACAAACAAAAAUUCCUUCUUCUUUUACCUGGGUUCAUGCUGGUAAGAUGCAGGGUGUACUGAGCAAUGAAU